ACAGACCGGAAGUUCGGCUCUUUGGCUAACGUCGCUUGUGUUAGCGCUAAGCUAACGUAAGUCUCGGCACGCCGGUUGUCCUCAAACUUGUGGCGUAGGAGAAGCAACCACCGGAGUGAACCGGUAACUGAAUGGCUGAGGGCUCCUCAGACCCACCUGACCUCAAUCCAGAUGAGGUGUCGCAUCAAAAACCAUAUCAGCACAAAUCCAGAAGGGGCCGCCCCAGACACAACAAUGACAGAAACCUGAGUAGUAAUAGUUACGAUCCUUCCCAACAAUAUGGACACUUUCAGCAGGGCUUUAACCCCUCGUUUAGCCAUGAUAAUUCAAAGUAUGCAUUGCAUCAGCAUCUUCCCUACCAAGGAGAGGAUGGAGCCAGAAGGCGAGGUAGAGGGAGGAGAGAGGGGAAUAGAAGUGUAAAUGGGAAUUUUGGUGGCUCUGGUCCCUGGUGGCAAAGGGCCGGAGGUGACUGUGGCUCGUACAGUGGUAACAACAGAGGUGUGGGGGUUGGUUACUCAGGGGCACAUUCCAUGGAUGGACCUGAUGGACCCAACUGGCGAAGAGAAGACGUGAGCAGGAAUUUGGAGCAAACCAAUGAAGAACAGGAUGCCCGGGCUAAAAAACCCAGGAAGUUUAGCCAGGAGCAGAGGAGAGGACAACAAAAUGAAAAGGGUCCUCAGUUAAAGGAGGACAACACUCCAGCAGGGGGCCAGAGGUCAAAAGGAGAAAACCCCCAUUUCGACAACAGGGAAAGAACUCAGAGGAGCAGGACAGGUCCAGACUUUCAACACGACGAUCAUCAGAGGAAACACAGCGAGGCAAAGCGACGGCAAGGACCAAUCAAACCGCCCAAGCCGCCGCCCCAAGAGGAGCUGGGCUCAGAGAGGGCGGGCAGUGUCCAAGAUGACUCUGGUCAUGGCAGAUCAUCUCAGGAUCCUCCCUUUAAAGCUGGUCGAGGAUCAGGACGACACGUACCCCUUCAGGCCAGAGGGGGAAGAAGAACACAAAACCACAGGCCAGGACAGAAGGGCUGGGACAAGAUGCCAGAGAGCAAAGAGACACAGACAGGGUGUCUGAUUGAACAGCUGUCUGAGGAGAAGUACGAGUGCAUGGUUUGCUGUGACGUCAUCCGGGUCAUGGCCCCAGUGUGGAGCUGCCAGAACUGUUUCCACGUCUUCCACCUGAACUGUGUCAAGAAGUGGGCUCGAUCCCCGGCCUCUCAGGCAGAUGAUUCAGGUGAAGGUUGGCGUUGUCCAGCCUGCCAGAAUGUUGCACUGAAACAGCCAACCUCCUACACCUGCUUCUGUGGUAAAGUGACAAACCCAGAGUGGCAGCGCAGUGAGAUUCCCCACAGCUGUGGUGACAUGUGUGGGAAGAAAAGGAGCGGAGUGGACUGCAAUCAUCCCUGUAACAUCUUAUGUCACCCAGGACCUUGUCCACAAUGUCCUGCCUUUGUGACAAAAUCCUGUAUCUGUGGGAAGACCAGCCAACCAAUGCGCUGUGGCCAGGGUGUGGUGCUCCAGUGUGACAAGGUGUGUGGCGCCUUACUCAAUUGUGCUGAACACAACUGUGCCCAGGUGUGCCACGGUGGGGCGUGUCAACCCUGCCAGCUGCAAGUUCAGCAGAUGUGCUACUGUAACGUUACGGCUCGUAAAGUCCUGUGUGGCACAGAUAAAGAAGCUUUUGACGGUUCAGGGCAUUUCUCCUGUCAAAAAAUAUGUAAUAAGAUGUUAAACUGUGAAGCUCACCGGUGCCAGCAGGUGUGCCACUGUGGUCCGUGCCAGCCGUGCCCUCGCUCCCUGAGCCUGGUGAAGACGUGCCCCUGCAGUCAGACACCACUGGCCAAACUCCUAGAGCUGGGCUACUCUGAACGGCGAAGCUGCUCUGAUCCCAUCCCCUCCUGCGGGAAGACCUGCAACAAACCCCUGGCCUGUGGCUCCAGUGACACCAUCCAUCUGUGUGAGAACUUGUGCCACGAGGGCAGCUGCGGGCCCUGCUCCCUGACCUCUACUGUCAGAUGCAGAUGUGGCUCCAAGACUAAGGAAGUCCCAUGUGCAACAAUUCAAAAAGAGGAUGAGCUUGUUUUCACUUGUGAGAAGCGCUGCAACAAGAAACGCUCCUGUGGCCGACACAAGUGUGGCGAGCUGUGUUGUGUGACUACGGAGCACAGGUGUCCCCUGAUCUGUGGCUACAAGCUCAACUGUGGCCUCCACCGCUGCCAGGAGCCUUGUCACCGUGGAAACUGUGAGCCCUGCUGGCAGUCCAGUUUCGAUGAGCUGACGUGUCACUGCGGGCUCACUGUCUUGUACCCGCCCAUCCCCUGCGGCACAAAGCCACCAGAGUGCAAAAACAUGUGUACAAGAAGACACGAGUGCGACCACCCAGUGUUUCACAACUGCCACAGUGAAGAGAAGUGUCCACCUUGCACAUACCUUACUCAGAAAUGGUGCAUGGGAAAGCAUGAGCAACGCAGCAACAUCCCGUGUCAUCUGCAAGACAUUUCCUGUGGGCUGACAUGUAAUAACACGCUGCCAUGCGAAAUGCACCGCUGCAGACGGAUCUGCCACAGGGGCGAGUGUUUGGGAGACGGCAGCUGCCAGCAGCCCUGCACGCUGCCUCGUUCAGACUGCGGCCACCCGUGCGCCGCUCCCUGUCAUAAAGGCGGCAGCUGCCCACGCACCACCUGCACUGCCAAGGUAGCUGUACAGUGUGAUUGUGGUCGAAGAAAGGAAACGGUGGUCUGCAGUGAAGCAGCCAGUUCAUAUCAGAGGUAUGCAGCCAUCGCCAUGGCCAGUAAACUGUCUGACAUGCAGCUCGGUGACUCUAUGGACAUCGGCCCGUACCUCACUAAGAAGGAGCUGAAACAGACCAGGCUUGAAUGUGACCAAGAGUGCGCUACUUUGGAGAGAAACAGGCGUUUGGCGGAGGCGUUGCAGAUAGACUCAUCUUCUGACCCCUUCGGUGUCCGCUCCACCUCUGUGUACAGCGACAGCCUCAAAGAAGAUGCCAGAAAAGACCUGAAAUUUGUCACAGAGAUAGAAGAGGAGAUCAGGAAUCUUGUUGAACUUGCAAAUAAGGGAAAACAGUUAAAGAGGAGCCACCGUUUCGCGCCCAUGAACAGAGAACACCGUAAGAUCAUCCACGAGCUGGCCGAGGUCUAUGCCGUGGAGAGCGUGAGCUACGACAACGAGCCCAAACGCAACGUGGUCAUCACCGCCCAAAAGGGGAAGUCGGCCUGUCCGAACUCGACGCUCACAUCACUGAUAGAGCGAGAGACGGCUGUGAGGGCCCCUCCUCCCAUCGCUCAUAUCAAACAGCACAGCAGCAAGCCCGCCGGUGGGGGCCCCUGGUCAAAGGUGGUGAAGGAAGAGCCUGUGAUAGAUUAUUUUGACGUCCAGGACUAAAAUGAGGCAAAGAGGAAACAUCAGUCUACAUCUGCCAAAAAGCCAGAAAAACCUUGUUCAUUUGUGUUCAUUGAAGAUCAAUAAGAAUUCCUCUGGCUUCAAAAUCAAAUGAAAUUAUGUUUGGAAAUAUCUCUUAAGACGUGUUUGCCUCCUGGGAACACUUGGUAUACCUAGGAGGAGGAAUUUAAUUGAGUUCUCAUUGAAUUUAGAUAUUAAAGUCGAUCAAGCCUUGCACAGAUUCUGAAGAUGCAUCAUUUUGAAAAGCUCCUGAUUGUUUUCUUUCUCUCCUUUGUAUACAACAAGUCGCUAAUUGAACCUGACUUAAUAAAAAGUGAAGUCUUCCUUAUUGAAAAGA